AAACCGGGAAGAACAAAAUCUGGUUGCAUAUCCUCAUGAUGGAAAAAUCUACUUCUGCACCUCCCAGGAUAUCCCUCCAGAAAAUGAACUGCUUUUUUACUACAGCCGGGAUUAUGCCCAGCAGAUUGGUGUUCCUGAGCACCCCGACGUGCAUGUUUGUAACUGUGGCAAGGAGUGCAGCUCCUACACGGAAUUCAAGGCCCACCUGAGCAGCCACAUCCACCACCAUCUCCCCAGCCAGAGCCACGGGGCCGGCCACGGGCCCAACCACAGCAAGGAGAGGAAGUGGAAGUGCUCCAUGUGCCCGCAGGCCUUCAUCUCGCCCUCCAAGCUCCACGUGCACUUCAUGGGCCACAUGGGGAUGAAGCCCCACAAGUGCGACUUCUGCAGCAAGGCCUUCAGCGACCCCAGCAACCUGCGCACCCACCUCAAGAUCCACACAGGUCAGAAGAACUACCGCUGCGUCCUGUGUGACAAGUCCUUUACCCAGAAGGCUCACCUGGAGUCGCACAUGGUCAUCCACACGGGGGAGAAGAACCUCAAGUGCGAUUACUGCGACAAGCUCUUCAUGCGGCGGCAGGACCUGAAGCAGCACGUGCUCACGCACACGCAGGAACGGCAGAUCAAGUGUCCCAAAUGCGAGAAGCUCUUCUUGAGGACGAAUCACCUGAAGAAGCACCUCAACUCCCACGAAGGAAAGCGGGAUUAUGUGUGCGAGAAGUGCUCCAAGGCCUACCUGACCAAGUACCACCUCACGCGCCACCUCAAGAUCUGCAAAGGCCCCACCUCGGGCUCGUCGGCCCAGGAGGAGGAGGACGACGAUGACUCGGAGGAGGAGGAGCCGGGAGACUCCGCGGGGGCCGACGAGUGUCGGCUGGGGGGCGCCGUGUACGCCGCGGACGACGGCCUCUCCGCACACAAGUGAGGGCGGGCGGGCGGGCGG